GAAGAAGGGUCGACAUAUCCUCUCAACUGGGGUUUCAGCAAAACUUCAAUGGCCGCUCACACGCUGUCAUACAUUUCGAUCCCACCUUCACAGUGCUGCAAAAGACCAACUCCUGAGAACUCUUUAACUCCCAACCUGAGAGCUCUAUCUUACUCUUUUCUAGGGCGGGGACUCUCAUUUCGUGUUUCCAAUUUGAGCUCCCCCACUUCAAAACGACGUAGUUUUACUUCUGCGACACUCACGCCCACCCUCCCAUCUUCAAAUGCAGACACUGCAGAAAAAGCUCCUUCAAAACAGCCCAAAUGGUCAGCAAGGGCGAUAAAGUCUUUUGCAAUGGGUGAACUUGAAGCUAGAAAGCUAAGGUAUCUCAACAUGGGCACUGAAUCUUUG